AUGAAAAGAUUCCGCAACAUCCGGAAUUGUUGCUAUGUCAACGCCACCCUCCAAGCACUUCUUUCUCUAGAGGAGAUUUGUCUGGACAUUGAGUUCCGGCUACCUGACAUCCCCGAACCCAUGCCUACUCUUUUCGCCAACUUUGUAAAAUUAAUGGCAAAGAGGAAUUCAGAUGUUGUGGAAAAUGUGGACAAAACGCACAGGGAUAGAAAGAUUUAUGGGCAAUACAUGACAAUCGAUUUACAGCAGACAAAGUUGUUAGAUCCGUCAUAUGGGCUUGGCUGGCAAGAGGAUGCCCAUGAAUUUUUCAUGCGGCUUCUUAACUACUGGGCCGAUGAGCUGCCAAUGAUUAUGCCGACUGUCCUCAAGGAUAACUUUGAAAGCCUCAUCUAUCAACAAGUGACUUGUCAGUGCUGCCAAUUCUCGUCCGAGACCCCGCAACCGUUAUUGGUAUGGGAUUUACCAAUCCCGCCAUCCGCAAAGCACAUCGGGGAUUGUUUCUCCAGUUUUCUGGCCUACGAAGCGAUUACGGGCUGGAAAUGUCCCCGAUGUGGCCCUUCGAAUGCCACGAUGACGAAAGGUGUAGGAGCGCAAUUUCCUCGAGUGCUGUGUAUUAGCCUGAAAAGGUUUGCAAACGGCGCUAAAAUAAGAAAAAAUAUCGCGUUUCCGGAGUAUUGGCACCCCUUUGCGGAUGAAGGAAGCACUGGUCCCAGAUACGUGCUACAAGCAAACAUCACCCACUUUGACGACAGUUUGAAGUUUGCCAUCGAAGGUUCGAGUCAAUUUCGCGGCGACGGCUAUUUGAUAUUCACGCCAGACGCCAAGCCCAUCGUUUUGCCGUGGUCGGCCAGCUUCGCUUUUCGCACGAGACAGACGGAUUCGUUUCUGACGAAGAUGGAAAUUGAUCCCGGUCAUUCCGUUUUAGUCGAGGAACUGAUUAAAAAUCGACGCCUCGCGUUGGGUAGUCCGUGCACAGCCCACAAGGAGGAGAGCCUCCACAUCUCUCAGGUCUUCUGCAACUUUAUCGAACAAUUAGACAGCUUGCAUUCGUGGCUGUCGGAGGUGAUUGGAGGAUUCCUGAGGACUCACAUUGAUAUGCGGCUUGAAGAUCCAACAGAUGGAGAAACGCAGAACAAUGAUUUCUCUGACAGCGAGUUUGAGGAAGAUCAGCAUCAAGAAGAAUCGGAAGCAGAACAAUAA